CGGGUGCCUGGCAAUGUAGUCUAGAAAACCUUUCUGGAGUAUUUAUGAACCGAAUUUUACCAGAGAAAGGAUGCCCGUCCCGAGCUACGGCUACUACUCGAAGCGCAUGGCCAACCCAUGGAUGAUUUAAUAUGAAGGAUAUGAUGUCCGGAAGAUCGUCUUCGAGGACUGGAAGCAAAAAUUCCAGAAUAGUACACCAGAAAAUUAUAUUGAUGAAGAGUUUGGCGGAACGGAAGAGAUCGGAAAGGCAGAGUGGAAGUGGAGUUGUUCAAAGCCGACCUAGGAAAAUCAACUUCCGGAUCGGGGAAAAGCACAGCACUUUCAAUCUGGUUCCGAACUGGCGGGUCAUUCCCGAUUUAGUGCCGGAUUUCUCCCAUGCCGUGUGUCAAUCAGUCUCUGCCGCCACCUGCCAGCUGCUAUCAGGCUGUCCGUCUGCAUUGUUUUUUGGGCUUGAGAGCUGUCAAACAAGGAGCAACAAUCAAGCUGCUGAAGAACAGUCACAGACUCGGAUAAAACUCUACCAUUCUGAAGGUGUCAAUGGCGUCGUCACCCUAAGCAAAUGCCGAUGUUUCGGCAAAUCUUUAGCGUGCAUGCAGAACGCUGCUCGAUUCGUAGUAAUCUAUGCGACGCUGUUGGAAAUCGAGGAAGCUCAACAAAGAAAGUCCAAGCUCUCCUGCUGCUGUCGAGACUCGCCAAGGAAGCAGAAGAAUCGAUCAGGGGUGCAUUAACCCAUGACGUAGAUGACGCUAAGGGGUUUAGACUCCACUGCGGGUCGAUAACUUUAUCUAAUCGCUUACAGUGACUGUCAUGACCGUACCAGAACAAUGGCUGCCAGCUGCCUUUACCAGUCAUUACAGCCCUGACACGUCUUGCCACUUGCAUCCACCCACCAUCCCAUUGAAUGCUCUGGCGGGGACGGAACAGUGUUGCUCCUGAAUCAGAGUCGGUCAGCUCAGCUCGAGUUUACUAAGUAGUACAAUGGGUCAAAGGAGGACUGCAUCAAACCAAUGGAGAUGGACCCUCAGGUACACUUGGUAAGUCAAGUCGGAAUCCCAGCCGAAUUGGGGAAAAAGCAGUCUUUAUUAU